CGCAGUUCAGCGUCGUCGCUUCACGGGUUUGCAUGUAUCGUUUGUUCUCCGUCAUUGUUUGCCGGACAAAAGUGUCGAUGACCACGCGUUAGACUUCAUCGCUUCUUCACUCUAUUCACCGUACCGCGUAUCGGUCGAAAAAAGAUGAUCGAUGAUCGCGAAACAGUCGUAGUCGCCUCGUGAUUACCAAGGAUAAACAAAAACGAUCGUGCAUCGCGGUCGUUUUGGUAGGGAAAUCGAUCGCGAGUCUGACUAGUGUCAGAGUUCGUGGGCGACGGUGACGGCGACGGCGACGGCGAGCACAUUGUCGACAGAAUGUUGGUGUGGAGUUGCAUGCAAGAAACAAGAAACGACGAGGACGGUUGCUACUUUUUCUACAAGGGCGCGAUUUAAUUUUUUGAUUUAAGAAUACGCGAUCGCCUUUGCCCACCCUGAGCACGUGUCCAUCGACACGUGGUUCCAAAGAAGAUGUGAUACGCUGUUUAUGCUAUUCUAGCGUGACUUUGUCCGCUAAUUUUUUGAAAAUUCAGCGUUCCCUGCUUCGUAAGAUGCGAGUGUAACGAAGAAAUGGAGACACUUUACACGGGAGCGAUCCACGGAUUCCCUCGAUCGAACGGCGAUCUCGUUAACGGAGUUCCAACGGGAAUCGCAAGCUCGUUCGAUCAGGAUGGCGUUUUGAGUCUCAUCGUCGUUCUGGGCGGAAGCUUAUCCCUCGUUGCGCUAGUCUUCGCCUUCAUUACCUACAGUCUGUUUUCGGACUUGCGGAGCCUGGCAGGAACGACCCUUAUGAAUCUCUUGUCGGCCCUCUUCAUGGUUCAACUGCUCUUCAUCGUUGGAGUGGGUGGCGUUCAGGACUCGGAACUGUGUAUCUCUCUGGGACUGAGUCUCCAGUACCUUCGAAUGACAGUGGUAUGUUGGCUGGCUGCAAUGUGUCAUCACCUUUACGCUACGGUUGCCUCGAUCCCGCGUCGCGACGAUCCACCGACCUACCUCAAGUACAGCGUCUUCGCUUGGGGUGCGCCGUUCCUCAACCUCGGAGGCGCCACGAUUCUACAGAUACGCGAAGCGAAAGACAUUUGGGACAUCGCGGACCUUACGCCCUUCAAUUGCUGGUUUCUGGGUACGAAGGCAACAAUUUACGCUUACGGUUUACCUGUCGCCCUGCUGCUUCUAAUCGCCGGCUACUAUCUAGUCAAAGCUGCGAUCGUGUCCAGGUACACGUGCAGCAUGCAGCUGGAGAUUAAGCAGCGCGAGAAAAUGAAGAGAAGAAGAUCCCUGCAAUUGAUACUAUUUUUGAAAAUCAGCAUGAUAGUAGGCGUAGUGGCUGGCUGCGGUGUCGCGUCCAGAAUAUGGAAAGUUCCUUUUCUCUGGGCCGUGUUCUGCACCGGUCAUUCCCUGCAGGGACUGGCCGUAGCGUUGUCCGUCGCGUGCAACUGCAGGGUUUUAAAGGUCUACGCUAGGAAAUCUUACAGGCAGCCGAAGCAGCAGAUCGCCCGGUCGAGUAGCAGUAUGCAGUUGCUCGCGCCUGCACCGGAUCCGGUCUAGAUCGACGAGUUUCGGGCUUGGAAGGACAAACGAUACACGGCUAAACGAUACCGACGACUUACUUUCGAUUAGCAGCUUUCCCAGUCGCGGUACGAAUCACGAAACCACGAACAAAACAGAAAAGGAAAGCCGUUUCGCUGACCGAACGGAACAGUCAAAAUGUUUGAUUCCACGGACAUUCGUUGCGUCAACAUAUCAUCGCUAAUAUCGCAACCUUUGUAUUUUGUAUGCGUCACCGAACGCCACGAUGAAACGAUGCGAACGCCGCGACAGAGAAACGCUAAUUACGCUUUUCGAGGGGAUAAAGGCGAUAGCCGUUAUUAGGAAAACCACGAACAUUAUCGAGAGAUGGAAAUGGAACGGUGAAUAUCGAUCUAGCGUGAAAGGAAUCCCCUGCAACGAGCGUUGUAUUCGCACGCGUUCCCGGCGGUUUUGCGGCUAGCAUUCCCUUGCGAUGCAAUUAACACUCGGUAAUGACCUAUGCGAUCGCAUUAGUACGCGUAACCAUCGGCGCUCCGUAAAUGUAAGAGCAUUGUAAUUAUAAUACCAAGAAAUAAAUAUUUUGAAAUCCUA